CGAACCUGACUGCGGUAACGUUUGGUGUGGCGUGGUACUACUGUCUUGCAAUUAAAUUCGUGUACUCGUCAAGAGUGUUUUCCCGGGGUAAGGGGAAAAGUGUAAGCCGGCGUGGUCCUUUAAACCAUUCUUUUCAUCUACACUACGUGCAGUUUGAUGUGAGAGUUUUCGGGUGCAAAAACGCAGGCUGCAACGCGACACCAUUUUACGUGCCAUUUUUGCUACACUUGGUGCCUUCACCUUAGCUUCGUGUCGUAUUUUGGUACUUCGGUGUAAUUGCUUGCACAAUUUGCACACAGCUAAGAACGUGUUGUACCAUCUUAAAGUUAAAGAAGCCGUGUGGCAAAGCACAAUGCAGGAACUGCUUUGCUCGAACAGUCGAUUGUUUAUGGCGCUGCUGGUGUUCCAAGGUGCCGCACUAUUCGUACGAUCCGACGAACCGAAACGUGAUGCAAACUAUCCUCCACCGGAAUUGCUGGAGAAGAUGAAACCGAUGCAUGAUGCCUGCGUGGCUGAGACGGGUGUUUCUGAAGAUGCCAUCAAGCGGUUUAGUGAUCAGGACAUUCACGAAGAUGACAAGCUGAAGUGUUACAUGAACUGUCUCUUCCAUCAGGCGGGUGUGGUGAACGAUAAGGGUGAGUUUCAUUACGUGAAAAUUCAGGACUUUCUGCCCGAAUCGAUGCACCUUAUUACGCUGAACUGGUUCAAGCGCUGUCUGUAUCCGGAGGGAGAGAAUGCUUGCGAGAAAGCAUUCUGGCUGAACAAAUGUUGGAAAACGAAGGACCCGGUACAUUACUUUUUACCAUAGGCUGUCUUUGAGAUACUGAAUUUAAAAUAUGAAGAUGUUUCUAAUAUAAGUGAAUUAGUUCUACUGUAUCUGCAA